CUGUUAUCAUUGGCAUCCUUUCCUCAACAACAGAGAAAAUGAGGCUAAGUGGAAAAAAUGGAACUGGUGGAGCUAAUUGUCACAAGAAGCACAAUAGAGUAGUACUAUUUGGCUCUUUGUCAAGUCUAGUAGUGCUUUUCCCACUCCACGCCAGCAGCAGCAGUAGCAGCAAGGUCCGUCCAGGUCCAGGGUUAGAGUUGUCCUCAUCAUCAUUAAGCCAAGCUCUAGCUAAAAUGUUUCCCUCAAGUAACAUUAAUACCAACAUUGUUACUCCUAAUUCCAAACAGGAGGAGCUUUCUAUCCCUUUCUUUCACUUUCCCUCUCCCUACAGUCUUUAUGAAUUUGGAUUGAUACUUGAAGAUCAUGAUCUUUUCCUCCAUCAGCACCAUGAUGACCUCUUGUUUCAUCAACCCUUGAGAAGUAAUGACGAUUCAAUCUCUGAAACGGUCAUUAACAUGCCUGAUUCGCGCAAGCUCGAUAAGUCAAUGAUAGAUUGCAGUACUGAAGCUAAAAGUGGAAAUGUGAUCACCAAGCAAGUCCCAAGAAAGAGGUCUUCCAAGAGAGAUCGUCACAGCAAGAUCAACACAGCACAUGGACCGAGGGACCGGAGAAUGAGAUUGUCUCUGGAAGUUGCCAAACCCUUUUUUGGUCUGCAAGACAUGUUGGGAUUUGAUAAAUCUAGUAAAACUGUUGAGUGGUUGCUUCUUCAGGCAAAGCCUGAAAUCGAAAAAUUACUUCCCCAUGGCCUCUCCAGGAGGAACCCCAGUAGCUACAGUAGUGUCCCUGUUAGGAGUUCAUCAAAUUGUACUUCUGGGCAUCAAGUGGUGUCUGGAAUCACUUCUAAAGAGAAACCCUCAGCCAAAGACAAAAAGAUCACUAGACAGCCACGUACCUUUAGCACUCUCACUAGGGACCAGAGGAAAAUGGCCAGGGAAAGGGCAAAAGCAAGGACAGAGGAAAAGAAGCUGCAAUGGAGCAUGAAUUUGGAUGAAUCAAUGCUGGAGAAUAAUGAUCAUCUGAAUCAAUUAAGUUCUUGGGGAUCCUUUGAAAGUGGAGAGGAAAUGGGUACUCCUCAGAGUCACAACAAGAAUCCUUCCCCGAUGGAAGCAGUAGCUGAAGUUGAAGUGCCAACCUCUCAUGAUCACGAUAUGGUUGAUGAUGAAUCCUUGGUGAUCAUGAUCCGAAAUUCAAUCUUCAAUUGUCAGCAUAAUUCUGGAAUUCCCCAAGAGCAACAAGCACCAGAUUUCCAGGCCUUUUCCAAAUCAUGGGAGGCCAACAACAAUCAGAUUCUCUUCUCACACAAGACUUAAUUCUCCUACCUCUUUGAUAUGUACCUAAACAUGCAUUAGGAGCAUGCUACAUGUAUCCCUACCUCUUUGCUUUAAGUUUUUUCAGUUUGAAAAUGUAACCUAGGGGUUUGUAUAUAUCUAAUUAUCUUAUUAUCUUGUGGACUACUUUUGUUCAUGAUUUUCCUGUGUGAAUGUUAAUGUUUAAAUAAUGUUGUGUUAUAUAUUGUUUCUGUUCUAAAUUAAUUUCCUGCAAAGUGAUCUAACUAGAGUUUUUCAGUGAUUCUUCUUUCUGAUAUCUGCAUUUUCUCUGGUGCUCAUUCUAUAAAUUUUAAAAAAUUGG